AUGGCCUCUGCGGCGCGGAAAAGGGGCCACGGCGGCUCUCCCCCGCUCCUGGCGGCGUCUGCGGAUCCAGGUGCCGUCGUUCCGAUCGGCUCUCGCCACAAGAAAGGUCGGGUUCGUGCAGCCCUACGGAAUUCUUCACUAGACGCGCCGGACGACAGAAUCGAUCGGGACGAAUGGCCGGAGCUCUGGAGUUAUCUGGGAGCCGAAUGGCCGACAACAGCAGCAACACCGUAUCCUCUAGUAUAUGGAGACUCCAACGGGUGGGAGGCUACGGCUCGUUUGGAGCCGGAAUUGUUACUCCAUCACUUGCGCCGCUUCGUCUUUCCAGACGAAGUACUUGCUAGCUUGUCCGACACAGUUUUUGUACAGUGGACGGCGCUGUGGCGCCAGGAGUGCUUAUUAUCCAGGCUCCUAGAAUUCCGACAGCGAGUGACAGAGCUACCCACGGGUGUUUGGCUCGACCAAUGGAUUGCUCGAUCGCAGCAGCGCCUUUCGCCGUCUCUGCUGGCCCCUCUGAUUGACAAUUCCGACGAUUGGAGAAAGUUGCGAGGGAUUAACUAUGCAGGGGACGACAUUUUACGAUUGUGUGACCCGCACAGACGCGUCCGAAUGAGUCACCACCUCAUGUGUGCCAUCGUGUUCGACAACGAGAUUUUUGCGCUGACGGGGACUGGCGGAAAGCCAGUACGCCGUCCCGAGCAACUCCGUUGCCACUUUCGCUUACUUCGGACCAAUAGUACCUACAAGGAUACGUACUACCCAGACGGGGAUGCUCCGAUCGACUGGACUGCGCUCGUUCGCUAUUUUACAACUGCUUUGGCCCCGGCAGAGCAGAGGUUCCUCCUCGAGUACUAA